AGAGGGGAAUGUUUUAAUAAAUCAGUUUUGCCUCAAAUGUAAAUGUUAAUUACGGUAGCAUGUGCUGCAGUCACUACAGCUAGUCGCUGCCACGUUCAUCAAUGAGAGCGUUUCCACUGGGCCUGCUGUGGCAUGUUUUAACAGCCUCCCAGCAGCUGCUGAAUGUGUUUAAUCUUAGACAUGCAGUGAAAUUAAUAAUGAAACAAUUUCUUGCAUGAUACACAACGUUUAUGUGAGUGUUAAAUAAUUAUUUCUUGCAUGUUAAGUGUUUACUGACAUUUGUUUGUUGUUGCAUGUCUCAGAAAAAUGUUGAUCCAGGUUCGGUAUUGCCAACAGCAGAAGUAUGUGAAGUUGGAUGAGGUUGAUGGAUGUUUUGAUUUUGUGCAGUUCCAUGACAAAGUCAUCGAGAGAUUUUGCCUGCCACCUGACGCAAAAUUAGUGUACAAAGAUGCAACAGGGACAGAAGUUGAUGAGGACAUUUUCAGUGACCUUGUCAGCCAAGGCAAUGUGACUCUAUCAGUUUUCUCAAAUGACGAAUUUUCCGAUUGCUCCUUGUCCUCUCCAUCCGAUUAUUCUGAUUCAAGCUUCAGUUCAUGUGCAAGUACAUCAACUAUACUCCUAGAUGAGGUUCCUAGGAAGAAACCAAGACUUGAGGGCCCACUUACUGCAGCAUCUGCUAGAAAGUUGAUUGAAGAUGUCCUUGGUACCAGCUCAGGUGGUGAAGAGGUCCUCCAAGAGUAUCACACAACAAAAACUCUAACAGAUGCUACCAGAAGAAAGUUGGUCAAUAUAAUAGUGGCACACAUGAUUGAUAAACACGGGCAACUCCCCAGCAAAGCUGUUCGAGAUGAGUACGCUCUUGGGAUAGUGACAGUGUUCCCGUCCCUCAAAGACCCAUACUCCAAGAAAGGCUAUGAACAUUUCUAUGAUACUGCAAGCAGCACCGGAUACAUUUCUUGGCGUCUGAAAACGAUUCAGAGAAAGAUUCGAAGAGGACAUGCAUCUACAAGUAGCCCCACUGGCUUUUCCCCAGGAGGAGGAGGCCCAAAUGUGCGCAGGUCCAUUGUUGUUGACCAGCAGCUUGAUGGGGAUGCAUACCAGGAAGCCAUCUCCUUGCUCAACCAUACAACAGACAGUUCCGUAAUUUUUCUGAAGAUGAGAGAGACCUUUCAGAAUCGCCAAAAACUCAUCCACGACUCAGACAAAACUCAAGAUAUCUUCUCCAUCUUCCCAAGAUUCCUGGAUACAAAGGGAUUGAUGAAUCAAGACUUCACACUCCUGUUUGAAGAGGAGGUUUCCAACCUGCUGCUCCAGAAAUGGGAUCCGUUCUUCAGAGAUAACGUCAUCAAAGAGGCCAAGCGGCUCACCCCAACACCUGAGCUGCGCCGAAUGCUGCAGGCCGCAGAGUCUCCAGGAAGUGAACUUGAUGAGGCACCAAGUGAGUUUUGUUCGAUAGAAUUUGUUAUAAGCAAUUACAGUUCAAUAGUCUUGUGAUUAAUAAAGACCGAUUGAUUUUAUGUUA